CGUCAUUUCACAUCGCUACAGUAGGACGGAGAACGUCAGGACUCAAUUUCAUCAUAUUUCUCUUACAACUGUAGUGGAGAAUUGCCUACUAUGAACUGAAACUCUUCCUAAAACCAAAAACAAGUAGAUCCUAGUGAAGUGACGCAUAAGCCAGUAGAUUCCAGUGUCGAGUUGUAAUUUUUUGCACCUCAAUGUAGCUAGAGGAAAUGGCUGUGGAAAGCAUGACUGUCCAUCCAAACUCCCCAACUACCAACCACGAACACAACAGUCUCCUGACUGACGAAAGGCCAGAAGAUGGGGAGCUGGAGGAGGGUGAGCUGGAAGACGACGGGGGAGAUAUGGAAGGGGAAGGGGCUGUGCCCGCAGCAGGAGUCGUCGGAGACGGCGGCGAUGAAGCGGGCGGCGGAGGAGGUGAAGCGGUAGGGGACGGGGCCGGGGAGAGGCCUCGGCGGAGUAAGGAGCGUCACGGCAGCACUGAAUCAGACGACGAGAGAUCCCACCGCCGCAAGAGGAAGAGGAAGAAAGAACGGGAGCGAGAAAGAGAGAAAAGGCGAUCCAAGAAGAAACGCAAAUCCAAACACAAACGUCAUGCGUCCUCUGAUGACGAUCACUCGGACUUCAGCGAUGAAUCAGACUACUCUCCCAGUGAGAAGAGGAAGUAUAGAGAGUACAGCCCCCAGUACCCCCCUCCUUCUCACGGGGGCUACAGUGGCUCGAAGAAAGGCAGCUACAUGAAGAUGGACAAGCAGAGCUACGGAGGCUAUGACGAAUAUGAGGAAGACAACUACGAGGGAGAGGAAGAGGAGGACAUAGUGGAUGAAGACUAUGAUGACUUCACCAAGGAACUCAACCAGUACCGCAAGGCCAAGGAGGGAGGAGGCGGCCGCGGACGAGGGGGCAAAGGUCGCAUGAAGGGCCUGAGAGGCCGUGGAGGAAUGAGGGGAGGGAGGAGGGGAAGAGGAGGUCUCAGAGGAAGAGGAGGCCGAGGCGGAGGAGGCAAGAUGGGUGUAGAUAACGACGAUGGAGAUGGUUACGGAGAUGAGAUGGAGGUGAGUGGUGGUGGUGGUGGUGGUGGUGAUGAUGAUUAUGACAACAUGGGGGAUGAUGACUACGAUGACUAUUCAAAGGAGCUCAAUCAGUACAAGAAGUCCAAAGACAGAGGUAGAGGUGGUAAAGGUUGCCGUGGGCGAGGCAGAGGUAAAGGAGGACGUGGUAUGCUCAGAGGAGGAAAAGGUCGAAACAGAGGAAGAGGGAGAGGUGACAUGGGGAACGACGACGACAACAACGGAGACAUGGACAAUGGGGUAAGGUCGUUUGAUGGAGGUGGAGGUGAUAUUGGACCAGGACCAGGGAGGAGAAAUCAGAACGAAAAGCACCAGGACAAGAAAGGAAAGGCCAUCUGCAAGUACUACAUUGAGGGCAGAUGUACCUGGGGGGACCACUGCAACUUCAGCCACGAUAUCGAACUGCCGAAGAAGAAAGAGCUGUGCAAGUUCUACAUCACUGGAUUCUGCGCCCGAGCCGACCACUGUCCUUACAUGCAUGGUGAAUUUCCCUGUAAGCUGUUUCACACCACUGGAAACUGUGUCAACGGUGAUGAGUGCAUGUUCUCCCAUGAAACCCUCAAUGACGACACUCAGGAGCUGCUAAACAAGAUGCUGGCGGAGGACGCUGAGGCCGGCGCUGAAGACGAGAAGGAGGUGGAGGAGCUGAAGAAGCAGGGCAUCAACCCCCUCCCCAAACCCCCUCCUGGCGUAGGCCUCCUCCCCACUCCUCCUCGGCCUGUUCCUGUCGACAACAACGCAGGGCCUGUAGAUUUUGGAUGUCCUCCACCAGGUGACUUUGGGGGUCUUCCUGGACCCAACCAGGGGCCCAUGCCUAACAAAGUCCCCCCAGGACCAGGGCCUAUUCCUGGGCCUAACCCUUGUGCAGGUCCCCCUGUCCUCAGCCCUGAUGGAAGUCCCUACCCAGGGGGACCCCCAAAUCCUGCUGGCCCUCCUCCUCCUCACAUGGGCCCACCACCUCCUGGUUGUGGAGGCGGAGGAGGUGGGGGUAAAAAGAUCCCCUCCUUGUUUGAGAUUAAAGUUCAGCCGACAGGGCAGCUGGCUCAGAAGCUUGCCGUAAGAAGCCAGACACCGGCAGGCAACCAGGGUCAGGCCGCAGCUCCUGGACCCCAAGGUGCCCCUGGUGCCCCUCCUCCUCGCUUCCCCGCUCCACCAGGCAUGAUGCCCCCGGACAUGCAGAACAUGGGCCCCAUGAAUCAGGGGCCACCCAACAUGGGCCAUGGCGGACCGCCCAUGAUGGGAGGAUUUGGGUCCGGUGAAGGCCCUCCAAUGCCUCCAGGUCCUCCUCAGGGUGGAGGAAACUUCUUCAAUAACUUUUUCAAUCAGCCAGAGGGUAUGGAGAUGGAAGGAGUGGUGCAAGAAGGUGACAACUACCAGGGCUUUUCCGGCAUGGACGAGAGAGGAGGCGCAGGGAACUUUGGGAAUCAGUCGGGUGGCCAAGAAGGCUCUGCUAACGGAGCGUCGGCCAAUCAGGGAGGGAUCUCUGUGCCUGACUUCUUGCCGCCAGCGCAGCGCGUCCUGUUCAUGAGGAUCCAGCAGAAGCAGCAGGAGGAGGAGGAGAGAGCUCGCAGGAUGGCGGAGGGAGGAGCAGAGAAGACGAGAGACACUGAAGGUGACUCAGGGAACUGGUACUCCAGUGAGGAUGAGGAUGGCGGCGGUAGCGUGACGUCCAUCUUGAAGACGCUCCGUCAGCAGACCCAAGUUCCUCAAAAGUCUGACGGCCCCCCGAGCGACCCUCGCCUCCAGAAGGCCUGUCCUGCCAACCCUCCUCCUCGUCCAGCGGAUCCCCGCUUGGCUCGGGACCCUCGUCUGGCCCGUGCAGUAGAGUCGGCUCAAAGUUCUGAUUCCAGCCACUCCAUGCCGGCUCCGUCUUCCUCAGGGCCUCCUGCAGACCCUCGGUUAGCCCGGCUAGCUGCUGCUACCUCAGCUGGAGCAGCCUCACAUUCGCCUCCUGCUCUUAAACAAGAGCCGCCCCUGAUUUACAAACCACCGCCGCUCACGACCCCGACAGUGGAAGAGGAGGAGACGGAGCGGGUUUUACGGGACAAGCCGGUGCCGAUCCCUCUGGACCCCCUCAUGGGUAUGGCUCUUAGAGACCCUCGUUCACAGCUGCAGCAGUUCAGCCACAUUAAGAAAGAUAUCAUGCUGCACAUGCCCGCCUUCUCCAAAACCAUCACCUGGUCACCUGAAGACCUCCUCCCGCUCCCUAUCCCCAAGCAGGACCUCCUUCCGCUCCCUCCAGGCAUUCCUCCCGUCUCCUCCCUAGAUCCACGUCUAUCCCGCACCCAGCAGCAGCUCCACCCGACCCUCCCUCAUUCGCAGCCUCCUCCUGUACAACCCCCACCCUCCUUUGACACCCCUCCCCCCUCCUCCUCCACUUCCUCCCUCCCAGACUUUGAGCUGCUCUCUCGAAUCCUGAAGACUGUCAACUCCAGCCCGUCCCAAACCCCCUCCCCUCCUCUUAUACCCACCCCUGCUCCCCCUAUGUCUCUGCUGGGUCCACCUCCACCCGUGCCUCCCUCGCCUCCAGAAAAGCCGGUUGACCCCCGUAUGGCCCGUAAAGGUCCCACAGAUCCCCGUCUCCAGCAACAAAAAUCGGCAUUGAAGCAGCCGUCAGAUCCAACACCUCCUCCCACCUCCUCUGCGUCCCCGGCAACAACAUCCGGCUCCUCCCCGCCCACCAUCGCACCCUACGACCCCAGGCUGCUCUCCUCAGGCGGGGUGGGGCGCGGUGUUGGGGCCGGGGCACCAGGGGGAGCCAGCGUGCUGAGCAGCAUCAGUUUGUAUGACCCUCGGACUAACAAACCAGGCAGUCCUGGUCCCAGCAGCGGCUCCCCAAACUCAUCCAGCACAGAGUCCAAACCCAGCGACUCCACGGCAGGUAAACCCAAAUCUAAGGAGCCCCUGUUUGUUCGGAAGUCUGCGUUGGACCAACCGGAACCGGAGAAAACCGGAGAGCAAGGAACCGAUAGAUACAACAGCUAUAACAGACCCCGACCCAAACCUGCACCCUCGCCUAACUCCACGGCGCAGGGAGGGCUCGCUGCAGCUGGGGCAGCCGCCACUGGAGGAGGAGGUCAGGGUGCUCUAGGAGCCGCGACAGACCAGGGUCCUGCAGGAGUCCACAACCUACCCGUGUCCUCUUUAUUUGGGGUGGUGAAGCAGGCAACCAAGCCUGGCGGCACCGGUAGCCCGUUUGGAGGAAACAGUCCGGCGCAGUCUGAGCAGGCGGCCACUGAGCAGGACAACGCCUCACUGAAGGACGUUUUCAAAGGCUUUGACCCCACGGCGUCGCCUUUCUGCCAGUGACCACCGGCCU